UGUUUUCCUGGCAACUUCCUUAAAUUCCAGCUACUGUCCAUUGUCCUAGAUGUGUUUCAGGCUGGCAACAUUUGCAUAUUUUAUAGUCUUAUGGGCACUCAUUUGUUUGUGCAUGCUGUUUACAUCAUAUUAGAGGAACUAUCAACCAUAUUCAAUGCCAGUACUGCCCAGAGGAGCCAUAUGAUGAAAACAUAUCACUCGGAAGAGUCUUUGACUCAACUUCACUUUGUUUUAUUUUUCAGGAAAAAUUAAUACCGAUUUUUCUAAGGAAUCCUUGAAAUUCUUUCGAUAGUGAUUUUGUGUUUCUCACACAUAGCUUUAUUUGCAUGAAAACAUCAAAAAAGAAGCUUCGAAUUGCCCCUGAUGAAUGCCAGGCUGGAUUCAGAUGUGGUUACCUUCUGGUUGUGAGCUGUUCUAAGCUGGUUUAGGUUCACGGUUUACAUCGCCAGAUUUGAGGAUCCAGCGUUUAAACUUCUUGAUUCAGUAAUGGAGAAUCAAGACCAGGACUCGCUGCUCCUUGGGUCUAUUAGUCAGUCACAGACCACAGAUAGUGACACAACUGUCAGUUCAGAGCCAGAACAGGAGCAGAAGGAUGGGACUGAACCUAAUUCGCAGGCUGAAUCCAACGAGGAGACACCAGAGCCAAGGUGCAAAGCCUCACCUCUGGCCCUCAUCGAGUUCCGCAUAGCGCAGCUUUUAAACAGGCGCUUCCUUCUGCAGAAGACUCAACACCUCAUGAAGAAGGCGGAGAACAACAGUGACAGCACUACAGAGGAAAUGACAUGCGAGGACAGCGACAAACUGUGUGAGCUUGAGGCUAUCCAGAAAGAGCUGGAGGAGCUGAUGGUGAAAAAGGAGAUGUUACAGAAAAAGGGAAAAGGCACCAGCCUCGAAGGAAAUGAAGAUCAACUGGAAAGUCUCACUUUUUAUAAAACUGAGAUACCCCAGGGGGGCAUCUACAUGCUGCCACCGCCCCUGCUAAAACAGGAGGACAUUACAUUGGAGUCGAGACUAAAACCUAAGCCUGCAGAAGAGAGACCAUCAGGUCCGAUUAUGCCAGUGGAUGGUCUCGGUCAGAUGUCAGCCAUCACCAGGUGUCCAUGCUGUGAUGAGGUCGUGUCCACGGAAACCUGCAGGAAAGUAGGCGAGACGGUGUGGAUGCUUUGCUGCUUGUGCUCCAUUAUGGGGUGUUUCGCAGGUUGCUGUUUAAUCCCUUUCUUCAUUGACCGUAUGAAGGAUGUCGAACACCAAUGUCCCCAUUGCCAGGCACACAUACACACAUACCAGCCAUUCUGACAUGGAUGUUACUUGUGUCAUUUGGACACUGUGAUCCAUGGCCUUUGUCCUCAAGUGACCAUUUCCGGUGGUCAUGGCGCUGUUUGGGUCUCGGCAUCUGUUGUCGUUAUUUUCUCCCCAGCACUACAAUCAAUGUUGUUGGGUUGUAGCCGUCAGUGAUGUGGUCUCUAACUUCAUUUUUAACAUUUUGCUUUUCAUCUGGACAAGAAGUUGUUUUGCUUGUACCGGUCCUGACUGUACACCGGAUCUUGGAAAACUGCCUGGACUCACAUAUGGACAAUUUUAGUCAAACAUCUGUGGAAAUGUCGUUGUCAAAACUCACUGUGAAAUUCAGCUGUGGGAAAUCAUACUGUACCUCAUUGUCCUACGGCUCAGCCUCAGUUUGCCUACCUGAAUACCUGUAUGUGUCAGAUAAUUAUAACUUAUUAGAAUCAAAUCCAUAUUGUUGCUCAAAUUAGGUUACAGCAUCAAGAUAUGUUUGUCAACAAUGUGAUGACCUUUGUGACCAUUUUUCUUGGGUAUUAGGAAAAUAUCUUUGGAGGUAUCCGUUAUCUUAAAGUAAAAUGGAAAUGCAUUGCUGACCAUAUGCAAACGCAGGCAUAUAACCUGGCAAGUCUAACAAAGGACUGUUUUCACACAGCGUCAACCACAACACUAUUCAAAUGUAGCUGCUUGCUCGAUUCU